UGCAUGCCAUAUUUGGAAGCUGCUACAGUGACUGGAAACUUUUUAUAUCGAGGAAACGUUUCAUAUUUCGACAAGUCUUUGUUGAUAUCCGAGUUAACGCCGACAAUCACGGAUAUCUCCUUACGCUAUGGUUCUCUAGAAUGCCUAAAGAACCCGGACUGCAAUGCUGUGGAAAUAUGUUCCUCGGUGGAAGGAAGCAUUUUUCGACUUAGCACAAGUAUUUCAAAAUCCUUUCAAACUGGUAGUGAUACCUGCUUUCGCUAUGAAUUGGAGCAUACCUGUGGAAGGGAAUCAUUCUACAACAGAAGUAAUGGCCUUUGCCAGUGUGUUACAGACUGUGACUGUGAAGCUGUCACGCCAUCUACUGGCAAAAUGUGGUCACACAGAAUAAAGUUAGAGGGUCAUGAAUUUUCUGCAAAUUGUUUUAACACAGAUGGUCAUAUCUGGACGAUGAUUCAGAGAAGAGAAGAUGGUUCUGUGAACUUCUUCAGAGGAUGGACGGAAUACAAGACAGGAUUCGGUGACGUCAUCACGGAGUUCUGGAUCGGACUUGACAACAUCCGUCUGUUGGUGCUCAAUGGGUUUACAGUUUUACGUGUGGAAUUGGAAUACGGUACAGAGUCGGUGUAUGCUGAGUACAGUAGUUUCUAUAUAGCAGGGGAGGAGGACAAGUACCGAAUCCAUGUGUCUGGCUACAGCGGAACAGCUGGAGACGGAAUUUCGUGUACAACCGAGUUUUGCAACAAUGAGGCUCAGUUCUCCACAUUUGAUAAUGAUAACGACGCUGAUCAAUUCUUGAAUAAUGCAGAAUUUUGGCGAGGAGCGUGGUGGUAUCACUCUGGACAUAAAUCACACCUCAAUGGGGAAUAUGGCAAUAACAAUCAUGGACAGGGGAUAAACUGGUUCUACUUCAAAGGAUGGACAGUUUCCUUGACUAGAAGUCGAAUGAUGCUUCGAAGAACCUAA